AUGAGUAGUGAAAUUAUAUCUAAUCCAUAUGCUCCAUUCUAUGCUCCAUUCUUUGGAUUUGCAGGUUGUGCAGCUGCUAUGAUCCUUUCAUGUGUAGGUGCUGCCAUCGGUACUGCAAAGUCUGGUAUCGGUAUUUCAGGUAUUGGUACUUUUAAACCAGAAUUGAUUAUGAAAUCUUUGAUUCCAGUCGUCAUGAGUGGUAUCCUGGCCAUUUAUGGGUUAGUAGUAGCCGUAUUGAUUGCAGGUAAUAUCUCUCCCACAGAAGAUUAUACUUUAUUCAAUGGAUUCAUGCAUUUAAGUUGUGGUUUGUCAGUCGGAUUUGCUUGUUUAUCAAGUGGCUAUGCUAUUGGUAUCGUAGGUGAUGUAGGUGUUAGAAAAUUCAUGCAUCAACCUAGAUUAUUUGUAGGGAUCGUGUUAAUUCUGAUUUUCUCUGAAGUUUUGGGAUUGUACGGUAUGAUUAUUGCAUUAAUUUUGAACACUAGAGGUUCUGAAUAA